AUGCCCAGGUGCAACGAUCAACACUAUUUUCUCUACGGGACCGGGAAGAAGCCAGCGCAACUACGCCUUGGCCACCUGUGUUUUGGGCACUAUUCCAAAGCAACCGAUGAUUCCCUGUGGUAUUCGCCUGGUGAAGAUCUUCAGGCGGAUGAACUUGAGAAAUCCGCACAUGUCUUCGAGAUUGAGGACCCGCUGCUUGGAACGGACCCGUCGGUGAAGAUAUCGGCUGAAAUCAACGCGUUCGAUCUUGCCUCGCUGGGAUCCUCCUUCUCCAAGUCCAGCUCUAUGUUCGUAUACGCAAAGACAGGGCGCAAGAUUGAGCUGCAGGAUCCUCGAGAGUUCCUUACAGAGAGGGUCUUGACAAGGGAGUCGUGCAAGAAAACCCUCGAGAGGUGGUUGGUUGUAGCCAACCCCAGCCUCAGGACACGGAUCACAAGCCCGAAAAUCUGGUACUUGACAGGGGUGUACGAACUAGCGGAUACCGUGUCGUUCAGCCAAAGCAGAAGCGCCUUUGCUGCCCGCGGUGGCAUCUCCGCCGACUUACUCGAAGCGCUGGGUGUACCUGUAGGUGCCAAUGCCGAAGCGGAAAGAAUCAAAAGCGAGUUUCAACGGGAACAAAUCAAGGAGCCCCUUGUGUGGGCUGCAAGAUAUCUACGACUGGAUGCCAAGUACCUACAUGUCAACAACGAUAAACCUGUGCCCGAGAACCUGGUGUCCCUAGGGCGCCACCCACUACGUUCCACGGGCAAAGUUCGCGACCCCGAACCUACGGCUAAUUACGCCGAGCUUUCGCUCGUGGAACCUGGACCGGACUCAGUCACUGAGUGCCCGGGAGUGGAGUCCGAUGAGUACUGGAAUGACAUCAAGGAGGAGCAGCAAUUGUGGGAAAUCAGGGAGUCGACCGAAGAGAUCUAG